CCAGGGGUCCUUGGGCAGAAGAUUCCAGUGGCCCACACCGCAGGGCUGGGGCACUUUUUCCCCUGGACGACUCCAGCCUAGGUCCUGGCCAUGAGACCCCGGCACCCCCACCUCUCCGCCGCCUCUGGCGCUUGGGCUCUGGAGAGGCUGCUGCUGCCGCUACUGAUGGCGCAACUCUGGGUCGCGGAGGCUCUGCUGAUCACCCAAAACGACACGACCUCAGAUUUUGUGGCCUCCAGCGCCCCGUGCGCUCACGGCUCGCAGCCCUGGCAGGUGUCCCUCUUCAAUGGCCUCUCGUUCCACUGCGCCGGCGUCCUGGUGGACAAGAGCUGGGUGCUCACGGCUGCGCACUGCGGGAACAAUAAACCUCUGUGGGCUCGAGUCGGGGAUGACCACCUGCUGCUUCUCCAGGGCGAGCAGCUCCGUCGGACCUCUCGUCCGAUUAUCCAUCCCAAGUACCACCAGGGCUCGGGCCCCAUCCUACCAAGGCGAACAGAUGAACAUGACCUAAUGCUGCUGAAGCUGCUCAGGCCCGUGGUGCUGGGGCCGCGAGUCCAGCCCCUACGCCUGCCCUACAACUGUGCCCAGCCCGGAGACCAGUGCCAGGUCGCUGGCUGGGCCACCACAGCCUCCCGAAGAGUGAAGUACAACAGGGGCCUGAGUUGCUCCAGGGUCACCAUUCUGAGCCCUAGAGAAUGUGAGGUCUUCUAUCCUGGCGUGCUCACCAGCAACAUGAUAUGCGCAGGACUGGAUCGGGGCCAGGACCCCUGCCAGAGUGACUCCGGUGGCCCACUAGUCUGUGGUAACACACUGCAGGGCACCCUUUCCUGGGGCGUCUACCCCUGUGGCUCUGCUCAGCAUCCAGCAGUCUACACUCAGAUCUGCAAAUACAGAUCCUGGAUAGAGAAAACCAUCAGCUCCAACUGAUCCUCAGAAGCCCUUCUCUCCCCAUCUUGAAGCUGAGAUCCAGAGAGUGGUGGCAUGGUUUGUUCAUGAGACGUGAGGAUGCUGGCCGCCAUCAGUCGCAGAGAAAUUAUCAGUGGCCCAGCCUGGCUUCCUCCACCACUCCCUGCUGUGUGACCUCGGGCCAGCCAUGCACCCUCUCUGGGCCCUUAAUUUCCUCACCUGGAAAACGGGGACAACGAAGGGCCUACCUCAUAAAUGUGCUGUGAGGAGACUCUAA